AUGCUUCUCCUCCUGGUGAUAGCUACUUUUGCUGCUUCUAGCACUGGCCAUAACUAUGAUCUCACCGUAUUCCCAGAGCAAUCACGAGAACUUGGACAUCGCGAAAGUAGGCUUCUAGCUGAGAGGAGUAUCGGCAUGUUGGAUCCUGUCACUGAGGAAGCCGUCCAACAACCAGAUGCUGUACUGGACGAACAUGAAGAGCCGGUGGUUCAUAAAAGAAAAAACGAGUUUAUUCGUUUUGGAAAACGCGGUGCACGGUUUGGACGAUCUGAUUCAACCGCAAAUGAGCCACAUGCUGCAAAGCGCAAGAACGAAUUCAUUCGCUUUGGCUGA